CUAUUGCAUGCCUACAGGCUCACAAUAACAAUACUAAUUUUCUGUGCCCCCGUCAUAUACGGUGCUGCUGGACACCCGUAUUACCGUUCGUUUAAUCAAUAAAGGCUGCACCACCCCUGCCAAGCUGGCUGACGACCGUCACCAAAAUCUCCGUAUUCCCCACCCUCAAUCGCGACGUCCAGCACAUCCAGCAGCUGGAUCUGAAAUCUUGAAAUUUCCACGAAGCUAGCGUCGCGUCGCGUCCGAGCGCUCUCCUUCAUCUUCCCCACGGCGUCUUUCCCAGUCAAGCUUUGGCCAGCGUUGUGUUUGUGCUCCUUUAUAACUUCUGCAAGCCCGCCGUUGAUGGCCCGUUCCGACCUCAACGUCUUCAGCUAGCCUCGUUGUCAAAACCACGUCGGUGGCUUUGACCAUCGCAACCACAUCCGCGGCGACCGCGCACCAUGGCAUACCAACAGCAGCAGUACGACAACUACCAGCAACCGCGACAGCAGCAAUACUACCAACAGGGAGGCCCGCAGCCCGGAAGGCAGCCCGCGGGCUACAAUCAGCAAUACAACCAGCAGUACGACGGCUACGGAUACGAUCAGGGACAGUACGAGCAAUGGGACGACGGCUACUACAACUACGACCAGCAGGACGGCGGCUGGGGGAACGGGCAACAGCAGGGCGGAUAUGGUGACAUGAACGGGCAGACGAGACAGCCUCCGCAGGGUCGACGGCCUCCGCCAAGGGACCCGUACGCGCAGGAGCAAAUCUACGACGAGCAGUUCCAGCAGCCACAAGGACGAGACCCGAGAGGCAGGCCGAUGGGUCGAGGCAACGGGCCGCCGCCGCCGUCGCAGGGACGGGGAGGCCUGAGACCGCCGGGACGAGAUCGCGCCAUCCCGUCGCCCACGUCCCCAGCAACUAUCUCGCAAGACAACCCGUUUCCGACAUUUCCCACACAGAAAGCAAAGCCGCACCCGAAGGCUGGAUCCAUGGAUGAGGCUAUGGCCUUGAUGAAUCUGGGACAUGAGAACGAGGGGCAGGGAAGGCCGAUGGGGCCGCCACAAGGCAGAGGACGCGGUCGGCCGGGACCGGGACCGGGACCGGGACCGCCGCAAAACAGAGGGCCGCCGCCAGCAAGGGGAGAACCAGACAUGCAUAGGCAAGAUUCCGGGCAUUUUGAGGGCAACGGAAGAGGCCAGCGGCCUCCGAUGAAUCGCAUGCCCUCGGAUCGGAGAGCGCCGCCGCAGCAAGGGUUUGGGACGAACAUGCAGCGUUCGAUGACGAUGCCGCAGAACAUGGCUCCCGAUCAGAGGCCGCCUCCUCCGCAACAAAGUUUCGGUCCCAACACCCAGCGUUCCAUGACAAUGCCGCAGAACAUGGCAGCACCGGGCAGGCAGAGUUAUGAGGAUCAGCAGCAGUGGGCAGAGCCGGGUCCGGUGGCUGGGUAUCAUGGGCCUGAGUCGCCUACCUACAUUCCUCCUCGCCCUGCAACCGCAGGUGGGACAAAGCCAAACGGCUAUCCGCCCCAACACUAUGAGCAGAGGCCGCCUAUGCCGCAGAUACCUCCGCAGCAGCAGCAGCAACAGUACCAGUACCCGAAUCAACAGCGACGGUCCCAGGACGACGGACGAGCCGUGCUGGAUAACGUGUACGAUGACUACUACGGAGAAGGCAUUGACCGGCAAAGCAAGGCCUCGUCAAUAGACAUGCCCAAUUUCGAUGCCAUUCCCGAUUCAAACAACAGACACCGGAGGGGCUUCUCGAUAGAGAACCACCUCUCACCCACUUCGUCUGGUCCACCUAUGCAAAGCAUGACUCCCACAGCCGGACCCCAGAGCACGCAGAAGGGCAACUUCUAUCAACAAGCUUCGAGGAGUAGGUCUCAGCCGGACUUGCAUGCGCAAUACGCACAGCCCAAUGACGUCUACGAGAUGGCUGGUGACGCUCCUGCGGUUCCUGCGAUCCCUGCGACGCAAUCAGCAGGGCCUGUCGUAAACGGAUUGCCAAGCGGACCACGAGGUAGAGGGCCACCGCCUAGGGGAAUGGCCAUGGACACCACUGCCGCUCGAGGCCUGCCAAACCAGGGCUAUGGACAGGGCCAGCCGCAACAAUUCGAUCCUAGAUACGGACGCCAAGCUCCUCCGGGUCCGCACAGAGGAUACUCUGAUGACACGACAUACUCUGAGCCGCCGUCAACCUCCAUGAGAGGUGCUUCACCAAUGGCGCCGGGCAACCAAAUCCCUCGCCCCGGAACAGCAGCACCAACCCCCGGACGAGUACCGAGCGACCCCGUCGGCCGUCGACCGGGGACAUCACAACCAACGAAUCCAGAUGCUCUACCGGCACAUCCGGUGCCGGUGCGAGCUGGUCUCAUGCAACCGCAGCAGCAAGCUCAAACCCCUCCUCAAGCCGCAAGACCGCCGCCUAUGCGACAGUACAACACCGACCCAACGCCGAUUGGAUAUUCAAAUCCACAAUUAGCUUCCAUAGCACCACAACGACGCGUCUCUGUGCCACAUCCUGUUACGCAUGACGAACUCAACCGCCUCCGGAAUACCUGGAAAUCCGACCCGACCGACAACAGGACUGGUCUGCAGCUAGCCAAGAAGCUAGUGGAAGCAGCGAGUGUGCUCGCGGACGAAGGUGGAACGGCUGAUACAAGGACGCGGAACAAGAAUCGUGAAAAGUUCAUCUUCGAGGCGCACAAGAUUGUCAAGAAGCUGGUUUCCAACGGUGAUCCGAACGCAAUGUUCUACAUGGCAGAUUGCUACGGCCAAGGUCUCUUGGGGCUUCAGGUCGACACAAAGGAAGCCUUCACGCUCUACCAAUCCGCAGCCAAAGCCGGUCAUCCCGCUAGCGCAUAUCGGACGGCAGUCUGCUGCGAGAUGGGACAUGAAGAAGGCGGUGGUACGAAGAAGGACCCGCUCAAAGCUGUGCAAUGGUACCGACGCGCCGCAGCUUUAGGAGACGUACCUGCCUUGUACAAGGUGGGCAUGAUUUUGCUCAAAGGGCUUCUGGGCCAGCAGAAGAACUUGGGUGAGGCAAUCAAUAUGCUUAAGCGAGCUGCCGACCGCGCGGACGAGGAGAAUCCGCAUGCCCUCCACGAGCUGGCAUUGCUAUAUGAAGCACAGACCGGCAAUGAGAGGCUGAUAAGGGAUGAGGCUUAUGCCUUCCAGUUGUUCAGACAGGCUGCUGAGCUUGGGUACAAGUUCUCUCAGUUCCGCCUCGGUCAGGCGUACGAGUACGGUCUACUUGGGUGCCAAGUCGACGCACGAUCGAGCAUUGGUUGGUACACUCGCGCGGCUGCGCAGGAGGAGCAUCAGAGUGAGCUAGCCCUGUCGGGUUGGUACUUGACGGGCAGCCAAGGCAUCCUCGAGCAGAGCGACACGGAGGCCUACCUCUGGGCGCGCAAAGCAGCGUGUGCGGAGCCACCUCUUCCGAAGGCGCUCUUCGCUAUGGGCUACUUCACGGAGGUUGGGAUUGGGUGUCCAAGGAGCUUGGACGAGGCGAAGCGGUGGUAUGGACGAGCUGCUACCUACAAGUUCCCCAAAGCCCAGGAACGCCUCGAAGAGCUCAAGAAGGGCGGCGCGAAAGUACAGAUGAAGCGCGAGCGGCUGAGCCGAAGCAAUCAGAAGCAGCACGAGGAGAACUGCACCGUCAUGUGAAGAAGCGCGCUCAAGCCGCUGUUGAUGCUGCUACGAUCUUCUCUUUAUUCGACGGUAUACCCAAGGUUUUCUUUGUCAUCAGCUAGGAUACAGGCAUCUUUCUGCCGGGCUUGGUUUACGGAUAUGCUACGACAAGGCGCCGGGCGUUUCGUAAAAAUGGAUUGGAUGGGGUUAACUAGAGCUGAGAUAGUGAUGUCUAUGUCUACGUGGACAUGCCACGUCUGCACAUGGAUGAACGGGUAUGAGAUAGCUACCUGACGCGGGCGGUGGUGGCAUAUGAUGAAUGAAAGUGUUCGUUCU